CGAGUGAGGAAGCCAACUCAAACGAUCCUCGAUCUACCUCAACGACCGUCGGCUCAGCCCUCCCCCCUCGAACAAGGUAUCUCGGCAAGAGAUCGUUGAGGAGCAAUCACUAUUGCGAAAUAUCGUCCAACUGAAAGUCCUAGAGCUUAAAAUCUUCCAUCGUUGCCCUCGAUCGUUGUCACCUCGCGUCCUCGGAGAGAAGAAGGAUACACCCUUGCACGAUCCACCGGGUGAAUCAAGUGAGGUCGAGGUACGUUCCCUCGAUCGACGAGGUUUUUCGGACGGACGUUGAUUUCCGGCUGUUCGCUACCGACGCGAAUGUCCCGGCGCUACUUGAACAUGAGGGACACCAAGUAAAGAUGAUCGAUGUAAGCGGGGCCCUCGUGUGUUUCGAGUCGCGCGAAAUCUCGAUCGUCCCUCGCACAAUCACCGAGCUCGUCGGGCGGUAGAUAGGACUCCGAUUAGCGAUUGUCGCAUACAUCGAGCAUCUCUGCCUUCGAGAUCGAUUGGAUGCUGACGAUUAGGGUGUCAAGUCGACACACGUUGCGUCGUGCGUGGAUCGCGCCUUGUGCAAUUCGCAAAUCAAGCAAGUGAUAUGCUCUGUCUCACGCGGGUGCACGGACACGAUAAUGCUGGCGGCGAGAGAUGAGAUUAGAGCGCCAAGAAGAAGAGAAAGAGAGAAGAAACAGCUGCACCGCGGGACGGGGAGAAGAAGCCGCGCUAAGAAAGACACACAGCCAUGUCAUGGGAGUCUAUCUCGUCCAGGGAUUACCUCGGCAGAUCGGCGAGUCAUCAACUCUCGGCGACCGCGCUGUUGGGUAGCCCUGAUGGAUCGAGGCAUCCACUCGACGUCUGCGAGUUCACCGAAGAGGAUUACCGGCAUCAAAAUGGCAACGGUAAUAACGGUCAUUACCAAAAUGGCAGGUCGGGCACCGGUAUAUGGGAAUGUCUCAUAAGCUGCAGAAAACGACUCGAUCAACAAUUAGCACGAAGGAGGGUGGAGCAGGGCUUGAAAUUGUACCGGGCUCAUAAACAACAAGCCGCGGUUAGGAAAUGGAGGGGCGCUUUGAAGAGCAUCAGACACCGCGAGGAUAAAUUUGCUCUUCUCGGUUACUUGUAUCAGGCGUACAUGGAUUGGGGCAAAUACAGAGACAGCAUUGAAUUCGGUAACAAGCAAUUGUGCAUUUCGGAGGAAUUGGAUUCGCCAAACAUGCGGGCGGAAGCGUAUUUGAACUUGGCCAGGGCUCACGAGAGAUUAGGCGCCCUGGAUAGAGCGUUAGAUUACGCUCGGCACAGCUUGUAUAACGAGUGCGAUCAGUGCGCGACUGCUGGAUUAGUUCACUUAACCGUAGGCAGAGUCCACUUAGAGCUAGCAGGAUUCUGUAAAGCCUUGGAAGCGUUUCAAAGAGCCCACAAAAUCGCUCACUCCAUUCAAGAUCCCUCCUUAGAACUGCAGGUGUACGUCGGUCUGUCGGAACUCUUCUGCAGAUUACACGACGCGGAUAAGAGCGCGAGAUACGCGGCAAGAGCUUACGAUCUUUCCAGGAGUUUACAGCUGGGAGAUCUGAAUUCGCGUCAUCACAGGGCGGCGUUACUACAAAUGGCCGCGGCGCUCAGGAAAAAGGGCGAGCUGGGCGACGCUCAUGAUUACUGCUCGGAGGCAACGAGGCUGUCGCUGGUUUCUGGCGACCAAGCCAGUUACGCUCGAAGCAUCCGUAUUAUGGGAGACAUUUACAGGAAAAAGUCGGAUAUAAAUAUGGACAUUUUGCAGAAAGCGUUCCGACAGUAUGAGAGCGCGAUGGGCUCGGCGGCCGCGACCGGUGAUCGACUAUGCCAGAUGGAGGCGAUGGACGGCGCGGCGAGAUGCCUGGAAGCCCUCAGACUCCAGCACAAGAUAUGCAAUUGCAGACCCCUCGAGUUCAAUACUAGGCUCCUGGAAGUGGCGGGAUCGGUUGGCGCCAAGCUUCUAGUGCGAACUGUCAGGUCCAGAUUGUCGAGAAUUUACGGGUCUUUGGGAGACGAGGAGCAAAAGGGACAUUUUGAAAGAUUGGCGAUUGCGAUGGAGGAGGAUUUGGAGUUACGAUGCGGAAGCUGUAACGAACCUUUCGGUCUGGAAGCCGAUUCCCUGGAAGCGUUACCUUGCUCUCACAUAUUACACGCUCGAUGCGCAUACGACAUCUUGAAGAGGCGCGACAAGAAGAAGAAACGUCUAUGCCCUGAUUGCCACAAGUCUGUCAGUUCACGGCUGUACCUGCAUUGCGAAGAUCCUCACGGCAUGAAUACUCUAAAUCAUAGUUCCUUGAGCCUGGCGUCGUUGAGGGCCAGCAGCCUAGCAACACUUGAGGACUCUCAUGCGACGAGUAGCGUUUAAAAAAAAAACAAACACGCGACGGAUUGCGUUUAUUUUAAUGCGUUGGUAUCCGCAUGCGAUUACGCAUUAAGUAAUUUUAAGGAAUCAUAACGUGGAAGAUAAGAAAGCCAAAGGAAAGUAGUACGAUACAAAAAGAUUUAAUGGCAAUAAAAAGUGCACGCC